GCUGGUAUGUCUCCAAAGUGUGUCCAAGUAUUAAGGGAUAACGGGAAUAGGCUUGUAUUUGUCAGAAGAGUCUUAGAGUCGGCGCUGCGACUUCAUGAUGACCUUCUAAAGAGUACCAGGCGGUAAGUCACUGUUAUUCGGACUGGGCAAGUGAAUAUCAGCUGCAAUGAAUAAUACCCGUUAAGGGUAUCCGGUAAUCUUCAUUCGAGAUUCUUAGUGAAUACAGUCAUUCUCAGCCACAUAAACAAACACCAGUCACGCUUUCCCCAUUGGAAUUAUCCAACUCUUCCCACCACAUCCUCAGCUCAACUCAACUACUCCCUGACUAUAUCUCACCAAGAGCUCAAAAAUGCCUGCAGCAGAGUCCAUGUUCCCCUCCUCAUUCCCCCACGAAUUCUGCAUCAGCGAAGACCUAUCCGAACUACAACCUAACCAAAAACCACCCCCUUCCCUGCGCGAAGCAAGACUAGCCCUAUUAAGCCCACUCGAAAAAGCCGACAUCCUCGAAUUAUGCACCCAGUCACCGUCCAUUCACACUUAUGAUUACAACUCUAUGGUUGAGCCUCAAGAACGAGAUCUCGAUUUGCAACCCCUCUCCAAGAUGUGGAGGCAGGAGAUGAUGAAACUGCCCCCUUUCGCUAAGAUCAUUUUCGAUCUUACUUUGCCACUACGGGAGGACCAAGAUGCCAUAGUGUGGAAUAUAGGCAAACGCAGAGAAGGAUGUUAUAUCGUCCGUGUCAGAGAAGUCAUGCAUAUUGCUACCACUAUUGCUUUGACGACGAGAGUGCGCUUGAAGGGUGGGGCGGUUUCUUUUGAUCUUGAUUACGAGGAUCUUGAUCUUGUUUAUGAUGAUGGGAGUGAUGAAGUCGUGUCUUGGCGUCUAGAUGCGCUGCGGGAGGAGAUUAGGGCGUUGGGUACGGCGCCGUCUAAUGAGGUGAAAGGGGAGAGUGGAGGUGCUGGUGUGGGUGGACAAUCUUCGGAUGGAUCUGCUCAUGGUUUGGAUGUUGGGGUUGGACGGACUUGAUAACACGGUGUGAGUUGUGGUCGGAAAUUUCUCAGAGCAGGUC